CUUCGACUUUUCACACUUGAGCCUGAGAGCAACCAGAAUGGGCAAAGGAGCAGCGUCCAUGUUGACACUGAUGUGGGCAUUGGUGACAAUGUCUCUGCAUCCUGAAGCAAGAACGCUCAAAGAAUGCCCAAAUCCUGAAAGUCAGAAAUGCCCCAGCUUAUGCGCUUGUAGCUUUGACGACUGCGAUGAUCUGAGUGUCUACUGUAGCGCACGGAACCUCACUGCCUUGCCUGAGGAUGUGCCCCGGAGUACAAGGAUGUUGUGGCUGGAUGGGAACAAUUUCACAACCUUGCAAGCUCUUGCUUUCAGGAACCUCUCCAACCUGGAAUUUCUUAACCUUCAGGGCAGUCAGUUAUCGGGGAUUGAACAACAUGCCUUCCAUGGUUUGGAAGGACUGUACUCUUUGCUCCUGGAGCGUAAUCGGCUGAAGUCGCUGGCACCCAAUAUCUUCCUCCACCUUCAGAACCUGGCUUCCUUGCGCCUCAACAACAACCAGUUCAACAAGAUCGAAGAAGGGGUCUUUGCUGGGCUUUCCAACCUCUGGUACCUGAAUCUAGGGUGGAACUCCCUGGUGGUCCUGCCAGACAAAGUCUUUCAUGACCUACCCAAUUUAAGGGAGAUGGUCCUGGCUGGGAACAAGCUGCACUAUCUCCAGCACCAGUUGUUCUACAGUCUCAGCGAGUUGCGAGAACUGGAUCUGAGCUGGAAUUCCCUCAAGGGCAUCAAAGGGAACAUCUUCACGAAGCUCCAAAAGCUGCUGAAACUUUACUUGAACCAGAACCAGAUCAACGCCAUCGCUCCGCGGGCCUUUGUGGGCAUGAAGUCUCUGAGGUGGUUGGAUCUCUCCCACAACCGCCUCGCCACGCUUUUUGAAGACACUUUCCUGGGUCUUUCCAGCCUUCACGUCUUGCGCCUCUCCAGCAACUCCAUCCCUAGUUUGAGCCCCAGGACUUUCAAAGACCUGCAGUUCCUGGAAGAGUUACAGCUAGGCAACAAUAAGAUUCGCACCUUGCUUGAAAAGAGCUUCGAUAAAUUGGGUCAGCUGGAAGUUCUGACGCUGAACGACAACCAGAUCCAGGAGAUCAGGCCUGGGGCUUUCCUUGGCCUUUCCAACGUGGCGGUGAUGAACCUAUCGGGGAACUGCCUUACGACCUUCCCCGAUUUCACUUUCAGGGGUCUGAGCCGACUCCACAGCCUCCACCUGGAAAACUGCUGCCUCACAAGGAUCAGACCGCGAAUGUUCUCUGACCUCUCCAGCCUGCGGAGGCUCUUUCUGCGAUUCAACACCAUCUCCGUCAUCGAAGACCACAGCUUGAACGACUUACACGAGCUCCUCGAUCUGGACCUCAAACACAACCGGCUGAGAAGCCUCUCCCCAAAUCAGUUCGCAGGCCUGAGGAGCCUUGAAUAUCUCCUCCUUUCCUUCAAUCAGCUGGUGGACGUCUCUCCCGAAGCCUUCGCCCCGUUGUUGCGUCUCUCCUGGCUCGACCUCUCCCACAACUUCUUGGAGACGCUGGACAGCGGCGUCUUUGCAUCUUUCUCGAGGUUGACCUAUCUGAACAUCAGGAACAACUCUCUGAGAACCUUCUCGGUGGAUUGGCUCGGCCCCUCGCCUACCCUGGUUCAGCUGUGGCUGGAAGGGAACAAAUGGGCAUGUAACUGCUCGCUCAAGGCCCUCCGAGACUUCGCCCUGCAGCAACCCAGUGUGGUUCUGCGGUACACGCAGUCCAUCACAGAAGGAGAAGCCCCUGAAUAUACCUACAACAAUAUCACUUGCCUUAGCCCAGCAGAAGUGGUAGGACUUGAUCUACGAGAUAUUCCAGAAGACCAUUUUGUGGACUGUUGAAGUGUUUGACCAUCUUGCUUUCCACGCAACUUUUUCUCUAAGGAACUUUUCUCCUUUCUAAGGAACAGUACAAACUCAAACCUGCUAUGGGUUUGGACUUAUGAAGCUAUCAGGAAGCAAGCACAACUUUAGAGUGUCCUUAAUCAUCACACAAAGGACGAUUACAAGUGGCUGGUUUCAAACACACUGUCAGACCAGACUUUUUUUUAGUGCUUGCUUGGGAGUUUCUAGAGUUGUAGAUCAGACUGGGAAGUUAAGCAAUUCAGAAGGUGACAAACUUUGUAUAUUGUUUCCACAAAAUCUGCAUAGACUUCCUUCCUUCAAUCACCCAGUCAGGUUUGAUUUAAUGGAGAAAUACCCUAACAUUUAGGAAAAUUCAUUAAGGAAAAUAGUGAGUAUCAAAUAAUGUUCUGAAUCACAGAGUGGCAACAACUGCAACUUCCUUAAAUAUAUUUAAGCCUUUAGGACUCAAAUAUUCCAGCAAGUUGGUUAAUAUUUCCUUUUCCUCCUUCCCCACUUUAUAAAGUAUUUUUUUUCUAUUGGCUCUGCAGUUGGGUGGGGAAUAUGGAUGUUGACAGGGGUGGAAUUCAAAUUUUUAACAACUGGUUC